AUGUCAAACAUUGUUGAUAAUAAGUUAAUUAACAGCGAUUCGAUUAAUGAACAAAUGUUUAAAAUAUUAAAUGGUCAAAAUAGUCUAGAUAUUGAAAAACAAUUUGUUCAAAUGUUUAGUGAAUUUUCUAAAAAUGAUGAAAAAAGAAUGAUUGAAAAACAUGAAUUACAUGAAAUACUACAUAAAUUAAUUCCUGGCAUGAAACUUCUUCGUCCAAAAGAUGAAGAUUUAGUUUGCGAUAAAUAUCUUAACGAUUAUUAUACGGACUCACAUGGAAAAUUUGAUUUUGAAGAAGCUUAUUAUGGAUUUCAAAAAUUAUAUCAAAAAGCAAAUGAAUAA